AUGAACAACAUCAAGAAUUUUUUAAACAGAAAAAGUUUAUUGGCAUUUGGUUUAGGAGCCGCUAUAGUUUAUCCAUAAAUAAACUCUAAUUUUGAGCUCUACUAUUCGGACACUAAAUUAAAUUAAUUUAUCAAAAACAAAUGUAAUGAGAUUAAAAAAGGGUAUUUCCUUCCCACUCCUUAUCUUGGGUAUGGCAUUUUAUAAGCUAUCUUUGGAUCUAAAUCAUAAUUUAGACAUGAAAAAAUAAAUUAUGAAAAAAAAUAUAUCGAUUUUGGUGAUUAUGGCGAGUUACGCUAUGAUGUAGCUAAAUUGCAAGAUGAAACUAUUGUACCUAUUGAAAAAAGAGAGAAAAAUAAAAAUAAUUGUCUUGUUAUACUUCUAGGAAUCACAGCUUCAUCUCAAGAACCUUACGUUGAAAACAUGACAGCAGAAGCAUUAAAAGAAGGUUACACUGUUGUCUUGUAUAAUGAUAGACUUUAUAAUAAUUACGAAGACAAGGGUAGAAUAUUCCCGAGAGAAGGUUACUACUCAAUAGAAGUAGAUUUUGAAAAAACUCUCUCAUAAAUAUAGAAAGAUUUUUCUGGAUAUAAUUUUUAUGCUGUAGGACAUUCAUUUGGUGCUAAUACAUUAGUAAAGUACCUGGGAAGCCAUAAAAAUAAUAAUCCAUUCAAGGGAGCAGUAUCAGUAGGAAAUCCUUUUGAUAUUAAAUAAGCAUUUGCUACUCUAAGACCAACUUUUGAUAAAUAUCUAGUAGAGAGUCGCUAAACUGUUCUUAAAAUGAGAUAAAGCUUAUUGUAAAACCCUCCACCUCAUAUAAAUAUCAACUUAGAGAAGGCAUUAAAGGCUGUUAAUACAACAGAAUUCGAUGAACACUUUUCUAAGCAUUUGUAUGGUCACAAAUCUAUUUUUGAUUAUUAUGAAGAUUUAAGCUGUAUAAAUUAAUUGAAGAAUGUUAAAAUUCCUCUCCUAUGCUUGAAUUCAAAAGAUGAUCCUUGUAUUCAUCAUUCAACUAUUCCUUUCAAUAUCUCAGAGAUAAAUUAAAACGUUAUGCUUUUAGUCACAAAAUGCGGUGGCCAUGUUGGCUGGUUCGAAGGUAUUUUCACUCCAAAGAGAUGGUACAUGAAACCAACUCUUGAAUUUUUAAAUGCUUUGACAGAUUAUUCAUGCUCUUAACUGUGA